UCUCCUGGACAACACACCUGAGCUGAAGAAGUGGACAGAGCGUAUGUUGGAGGACCCAGCUGUUAAAUCCACUUUCCACAGCGUGGAUGCCCACAAGGCCUUCUUAAAGGGUUUUACUGCUGGAACCCCCAACUAUGACUAUGGCCUUUAAAAAACAACUCAUGUUCAUUUAUAUCUAUGUCACAGAUCAGGAUUGUCUGUUUCUGUGUUGAACAUUAUCUUAUGUAAGAGGUUAUUUGGUAUAAAAGGGGAAAAAUAUCAAAAAUCAAAGUCAAUGGGGUUUUGUAAUCCAUGUCUAAAUUUGUCUCUUUCUUGAACUAUAUAAAUAAAUUACAUGAAACUGCUCGGAUUUAAACCUGAGUUUAAUUUUCUAAUAAUAAAA